AUGGCAUCAUCGCAAUCUGCUGAUGAUGAGAAGUACUCCAUAGACCCUUCAGUGCCGCUCAAGGGCGUUGUUGUGUGCUGCACAAGUAUUCCGCCGGAUCAGAGGACCGAAAUUGCCCACAAGGUCGCUGAGCUCGGCGGUGUUCACAAAUAUGAUCUGACUCCGGACGUAACCCACCUCAUCGUCGGCGACUAUGACACGCCAAAAUAUCGCCAUGUCGCCCGUGAUCGACCCGAUAUCAAGGCUAUGGAUGCCGCAUGGAUAGAGGCUCUGACAGAACUUUGGAAAAACGACGAAGAGAUUGACUUCUUAACCCUCGAAAAGGAUCAUCAGCUAAGAGCGCUGGAAAAAUGCGGCGCAGAACCAGCCUCCCCCAACGACGCGACCACAGCUGGCCGCCAAUCAUUGCUGAUUUGCUUGACGGGCUUUGGAGAGCAGAGAGAUCAGAUUGCAGCAAAGAUUACGGCCAACGGCGGGCGAUAUACCGGAGAUUUGACAAGGAGAUGUACUCACCUGGUUGUCAGCAAACCCGAAGGCAAAAAGUUUACCGCGGCCAAGUCGUGGAAAGUGUAUACCGUUACGCUGGGUUGGCUGGACCAAAGUAUAGAACGUGGUCUCAUUCUAGACGAGGACAAGUUCGAUCCGCUUCUCCCAGUCGAGGAGCAAGGUGUCGGGGCUUGGAAAAAGGAGGACCCUAGACGUUCAUCACUUGGUAAAAGAUCCAGGUCGUCAGCUUCCAACAGCACCGACGAAAGAGGAGCGAGGAAACUGCGCAAAACGGCAAGUAUGAAACUCAAUUCGCAAAGAAAUAAUCUCUGGGGCGAUAUCUUGGGCAGGUCCGGGUCAAGGGAGGACUCAUUUGGGAACGACCAAGCCGCUUCUGAGCAGCUACAACAGGCACCGCAGCAAGCAACCCCAGAGCCUACGAUACGUCAACCUCACCAGCACCAACAAUUGCCAUCCCAUCAAGAUGAUGGCGUUUUUGCCAAUUGUGUGUUCGCCAUUCACGGAUUCAACGAGAAACGACAAACAGUCCUGGAGGACACCAUUGCCACAUUAGGAGGAUUUGUAGCGUCGUCGCUUCGAGAAGUUGCGACCUCUCGUACACAAAUGGAGGGGGCGCACCGUUUUCUCGUUGUGCCUCAGACGUCACACCCUGAUUCACACCCCGAGAUGCAGUAUGACAAUGUAGAAGUUGUCACCGAGUUCUAUAUUGAGAGAUGUCUGCAUAACAAACAAUUCUUCUCUCCGGGAGAACAUGUUUUGGGCAGGCCGUUCCCUCUGUUCCCAAUACCAGGGCUUUCAGGCCUCGUUGUGUGCAGUGCAGCCUUUACGGGGUUAGAGCUCAACCAAGUUGCACGGAGUAUCACGCAGCUGGGAGCCACGUUCGAAGAAGAGUUCAGGCGGACAACUAGCGUCUUGGUUUGCAGGUCGUUAAAGGCCAUGCGUAAAGAAAAGCUCAAGUACGCUCUAGAAUGGGGAGUCCCUGUCGUAACGGCAGAUUGGCUGUGGGAAUGUAUAUCAACAGGCUGCAAUGCCCCGAUGAGAGACUACAUCCAUCCGGAAAUACGAGAUCGUUAUCCAACCCAACCGGCGCUGGCGGUAGCAGAUAAGAAAAGCCAACCGCAGCCUUCAAAGGCACAAGGUGACGCUACUCAGCCGACUGCCGCCCCUAUUCCAACCGCAACGAAACCUGCUUCAUCCAAACCAAAACUUAUCGGCGGGUUUGAUGUCAGUGCCUUUGAAGACGACUCACCUGAAAACCCAAUUGUCACCGCCAAAAAUCCACCCCCUGAACGAGGCAGGGCCCGGCAUGAACUUACCACUUCAGCAGACUUCUUCACAGCAAGAAGUCAACCACUCCAUGCGUCUUCCAAAGAACCUGACGCACCAUUAGCAGAAGUAUCCUGCGCGAGGCUCAACAAAUCGCCGUCACCACCCAAACACACAGUCCAUCAUCCAGCCCGUACAAAAUCAGAUCCGUACCCAGGAGUUCUCACCGAGAAACCCAGUACCUCCGCCCGGGGCACAUCCUCUCCGCCUCCAGAAAAACCACCUCUACAUCGAGACAGUCACGAAUCAAACACCACAAAGCACGAAGAAACAGAAUCAACCGCAAAACAACAAGCCAAAGCCGCAGAACGGCAAGCCCUCACCUCCAAACUCUCCAGCCUCAUCGACUCCGCAGCCGGCCCUCCCGCCGACUGUGAAUCCGGACGCACACAAGCACCUCCUCGCCCACGACGUCGCCAACUUCUCGGCCGAGCCAUCAGCAAUGCCUCCAACGGCAGCAGCGCAGCAAGCAUAGACGGCAGCGGCCCACCGCCUCGCCAAGUAACAGACAGUCUGAGGGCCGCCGUGGCAACCGCCACAAACGACGACGACGACUACCACCUCGACAAGGACUCGCAACCUCCCUCCACACAAUUGCAGUACGCGGAUCCAGAAGCCCAGCAAGUCAAGGCCGCAUUGAUGAAUAAAAUGAUGGGUAGAGAGGAGCCAAAAUUCACGACAAGCCAAAACGGAGGCAUCUCCCUGCGAGCGAAAUCAUUAAGAAAGCGAUGA